AAAGAAUCAGAGAAAGAGAUCACAGGUGCGGAGGCCAACAGAAGACGAUCUCUGGGGCUGCCAGAAAAAAUCACCACUGAAUCAUGGAAUCUGAAGUGAACGCAUCAGACUUUCAUCAGAUGGCAAGUGCCUCAGAGGACGACAUCCAAGCUGGAGAAGACCACUGCCAGGCUGAGGCGCCCUCUCUCACCCACGAAAAGCCGCACUCGGGCCAGGAGAAGGGGCGCAACAGGUGGCGUAUGCUCUCAGGGCUGCUGGCCAUAAACAUUCUGCUGAUCGGGAGCGCGCUGAUCAGUGGGGGAGCCUUCAACGAGGUCGCCAUAUCUGAGAAUGAUGGGCACCUCUGCCUGACCGUGCUGCUCAUCCUCACCAUCGCCUGGAUGCUUUUUUACGUGUGCUACACGGCCAAGAGGAGGAACGCCGUGUGGUAUAAAGACAGCCACGCUGGGCCCAUCUGGCUGCGAGGUGGCCUGGUUCUGUUUGGCCUUUGCAGUUUCAUCAUGGACAUCUUUAAAAUUGGCUACUACUCGGGGGUCGUUCCUUGUGAAUCUCCAGUGAAGCUGAUCUUCCCAGUGAUACAGAGCAUUUUCUUACUUGUGCAGACCUACUUCCUCUGGGUUCACGCCAAGGACUGUGUGCAGAUACACCGUGGGCUGACAAGGUUGGGACUGAUGCUGACUCUCGCCACCAACCUCAUCUUGUGGAUGGCUGCGGUCACAGAUGAGUCUCUUCACCAGACUGUGGCACAGAAACAUUUGAACCCGUAUUUGACUUUGAAUGUCACUCAGCAUAGAUCUGCCUCCUUUGCUUCGAGAGCCGGUUCAAAAGCCAGUCAGUGUGAGUGCAAGAUCAAAAACUGUGAAGUUUUCAAGAACGGUUACUACUACCUGUACCCCUUCAACAUCGAGUACAGCCUCUUCGCAUCUGCAAUGACCUACGUCAUGUGGAAGAACGUUGGCCGGCAAAUCGAUGACAAUGAGCAUCACGGGAAAGUGAGCUGUCGCUUGCAUGGUGUUUUGUUGGGACCCAUCCUGGGGAUAUUGGUGUCAGUCUCAGGACUGGUCAUUUUCAUUUUCUAUGACAUUGACAUUAUUAUAGAGCACAAGAAAUCUGAAGCCCUCGUGAUGUUCUACACGUUCAGCACUGUGGGCUUAGGACUGAUGUCGGCUGCCAGUCUGGCUGGCUCCAUCAUCUACAGAUUUGAUAAACGAAGUCACGCUUCUCACAAGAACCCAACGAGAAGCCUGGACAUCACUCUGCUCAUAGGCUCGGCCCUUGGCCAGUUUGUCUUAGCCUACUACUCAGUGGUGGCCAUUGUGGGUUCAAGAGCCACGGACCGCGUCAAUGCACUGAACCUGACCACCUCCCUAAUGACCAUCCUGCAGCUCUGCCUGCAGAACCUUUACAUCAUCGAGGGCCUGCAUCGGGAGCCCUUUAAACAUGAGGCGGAACAUCUGGAUUUGGUUUGUGUCAAUCCCUAUGUGCGUGAGGACUCCUCAACAGACCAGCAAAAUACAGAGAACACCUCUCAGAACCCACCAACCCAAACCCAGAACCCCGAGACGACACCCUCCAGACAGACCUACUGGAACAGGCGAGCGGUGAAGGAGAUCUCCACCUUUCUGCUGCUGUGUAACAUAAUAUUCUGGGUCAUACCAGCCUUCGGAGCCCGGCCGCAGCUUGAGAACGACUUGGAAAUGAACUUCUACAAAGCUCAGAUGUGGGUGCCCAUUGUGAAUAUCGGUCUGCCAUUUGGCAUCUUCUACCGCAUGCACUCGGUGUCGAGCCUCUUUGAGGUCUACCUCUCCUCCUAAAUCGCCUCCACUCUCCAAUGCGAUACCCUUCUUUCAAAAAAGAAAAUGAAUGAAACUAAUAAUCGAAUGAAACUCAGAGGCCGUUAAUCACAUGCAAUAAUAAAAGCUCUGAGUCUGUGGGAUGAACUUUUCUCGAUCACAUGGAAAACGAUGAAGGAGUAGAUAUGAGGCCUCGCAUCUUAAAAACAAGGACCUACCUCAUUUUUAGACAGCCCUCUUACCCACAGUCCUGAGCACGUCAUCUUGUUUGAUACGUCCUGGGGAAACCACUUAUAAUAUUCAUGUCAGUGUGUUCCUGGCCAGCCAUUUUCAAGCUUUCAGUGGACCCCUGCACAGCUUCCAUGAGCCACAAUGGGCCAGAGACUCUAAGGACACUAAAGAGUCCAAUGGGGCUGCCGAAGAAAGGACAUGAAUGAGUGUGAAGCCACCUGACACAGAAGAAUAAGACGGCAGCAGCUAGCGCUCUCCAGACUGCACAGUAGCACAUUUUCAAUGAUAUGCAGAUCUGCGUCUAAUGUAAUUAAGAUUAUGUUUAAUUUAAAGGAGUGAUAUUGUUUUGCACAGUACAUACUGUAUAAUGCAUACUAAUUAAUAUGAAUGUAACAAUCAUUUGGAAAGUGAACUGAAUGCAAUUAACUGUGAAGUUGAAAUAUAAAGAAUAAAAUAAUAAUAAAU